AUGCUGAAACUCAAGUUCCGGUGGAAUAAGCCGGACGACGGGCCGCGGGUCAAGCGGCAAAAGUCGCAGCAGCUGACUCUGGACUCUCCCGAGGGCUCGGAGACCAGCUCUCGCCCCGGAGGAGGAUACGACAACGAUCGAGACGUCAACGGCACCUUCAAGCGACCGUGGGACAUCACCAAGAUCCCCGGGUACAACCAGACAUAUGUGAAUGAGGCGUCGCUGGACAAGUUUGCGGCGUAUCUCAAGGAAGAAGAGGUUCCUGUGGAGUCUUCGACGCCGGUUUCGUCUGAGGAAAUGCUGCCUCUAGAACCGGUCCAGAAGGAGUAUAUCACCUCCAAGCACGACUGGACGCCCGUCUUCUCGGUACUCAAGAACAACAACAGCGUCAAUAAGCGCAAAAUGUCCCACACAGCCCUCAAGAGCGACUUCAAACACUAUCUCGACAUGUACGACAAGGAAGAGAAGCGACGGAGAGGCAAGAGCAAAAAAGACAAGGAGGGGUCCGAGGGGGACAAGACCAAGACCAAGGAGCCCAAAGAACUGGUGCGCAAGUCCGUUUUCUCGUCAAUCUUGGGCGUUUUCAGCAUCUUCUCCAAAACCAAGGACGGCCGGAAACUGAAACGAGACGAGAUUGGCGAGGGAAUCGGCUUCUGGCUUAUGCGGUGGCCCGCGCUCUUCUUCAUAGGAAUGUGGCUGCUGUUUCUGACCACAAUCUACGCCUCUGUCCGAGUGCUGGUGGCAGGCUACGAAAACAUUCUCACUUGGAGAGGCAAAAGAGCCAAGCUCAGAAAGGUUCUACGAGGUGCGCGCACCUACGAACAGUGGGUGCAGGCGGCCCAGGACUUGGACGUUGAGCUGGGAAACGCAGAAUGGAGAGAAAACCCAAAGUUCGGCUACUAUGAUCACGUGACCAUUUCCAAGCUCACCAAGAUGGUUCGAAAGCUGCGUCUCCAAGACCAGGCGGAGGACUUAUCCAACAUCCUGCAGGGUUGCAUCAAAAACAACUUUGCAGGCACCGAGUCGUCCACUCUGUAUUCGCAGACGUAUUACGGAACGAAAAAGGUGGUUGAACAGUGGAAUGAGGAGCUCGGAAAGGCCGUCACAUAUGUUCUGGAAAGCCCCAAGAUUGACGACGAGGAGAAACGGGAUCUUUUCCGGCUGUACAGCAAGAAUUUCGGAAAGUCUGCUCUGUGUCUUUCUGGCGGCGGCUGUUUUGCCUACUUGCAUUUUGGUAUUGUUAAGGCCAUGCUCGACCAGGAUUUGCUGCCGCAGAUCAUCUCAGGAACCUCUGGAGGCGCUCUGAUUGCUGCUUUAGCCUGUACACGUACCGAUGAAGAGCUGCGUCAGAUUUUGGUUCCGGAACUGGCCUAUAAGAUCACAGCCUGUUGGGAGCCAUUCCCCAAGUGGGUGUUCCGAUGGUGGCGCACUGGGGCUCGGUUCGAUUCUGUGGACUGGGCCCGACGGUCGUGUUGGUUUACUUUGGGUGAUAUGACGUUCAAGGAGGCGUACCAGCGUACAGGCCGGAUUCUCAACGUGUCCACAGUCCCCGCCGACCCCCAUUCGCCUGUGAUUCUGUGCAACUACAUCACAUCUCCGGACUGUCUGAUUUGGAGCGCUCUUUUGGCCUCUGCUGCUGUCCCCGGUAUUCUGAACCCCGUCAUGCUUAUGAACAAGACCAAGAGCGGCGACAUUGUGCCCUUUUCGUUUGGUUCCAAGUGGAAGGACGGAAGUUUGCGGACCGACAUUCCUGUGGAUGCACUCAACACAUAUUUCAAUGUCAACUGUUCCAUUGUCUCGCAGGUGAAUCCUCACAUUGCGCUCUUCUUCUACGCGCCCCGAGGCACUGUGGGUCGUCCUGUGAGCCAUAGAAAGGGCAAGGGAUGGAGAGGAGGCUUCCUGGGGGCUGCCCUGGAGAGUAUGAUCAAGUUGGAGAUUAGAAAGUGGCUCAAAUUCAUCAAGGCUGUGGAGCUAUUGCCUCGGUUUGUGGACCAGGACUGGACCAAUGUGUGGUUGCAGCGGUUUUCGGGGUCUGUCACUCUAUGGCCAAAAAUCCACCUGGCAGACUUUUGGCAUAUUUUGGGCGACCCGUGGCCUGAGAAAAUGGAGGACUUGUUGUAUCGAGGUCAACAAUGUGCCUUCCCGAAGCUUCUGUUUCUCAAGCACCGGAUGAACAUUGAGAAGCGGAUCCGAAACGGCCGACAGGCCACCAGGCACCGAAAGCGCAAGCUCGAAGAGACAGAUGUGUGUGAUCUGGUGCGGAAGACAUUUUCCGAGUCUGAUCCAGACUCGGACGUCAAGCACUCCUUUGUCUUCCCGGCGCUGAUGGCUCCUCGUUCUGCAGGCACCGACAUUUCGUCGUCCAAUUCGGACUACGACCACGAACCUCAAUGGGAGAUGGACGAGGGCGAUUCUUUCCUCACCGCGGACGAGGAGUAUCCUACCACCAUUUUAUAG